AUGGAUAAGGGCAAAGAGAGAGGCAUUUUGAAGUUGGAACCAAAAUCAUGGGAGCGCAGCGAGCUAACACCACAGGGUUCAUAUGAACGCGUCCCAUCUUCACCCCAGCCUUCAGUUGACCGCCUCUCCGUGACCUGGGACCCCAGCAUGACUUCAGGGGUCAACCUGUUCCACCUGCCAGAGGCAACACCCAUUGCUGAAGUGAAGUUCACUGCUGGAGACGGCUCCGAAGAUGAAGACUAUUCCAGCAUCAGCGCAGUUCUUCGCCAACGACGAUGCAGCGUCCGACGGUCACGAAAAGGCCGUCGUCGUGCGUCCUCGCCGUUUCUGCCGGACGAGAGUCGCUCGCGAAGGAGAAGUUCCGUGUUCACCACCAGCUCUGGAGAAACGGCUAUCUCAAUGGAUGACCAAGGCGCGGUGACCCAGGAGGAGAUCUUCAAGAACAUUCGUAUGCACAAGGAGGUGCUGAGCUCCGUGAAACAGCAGCCGUUGGAUCUGCGGAGGAAACUGAAGCUCGUUCAUUUGGCAAAACGUUACAUCAAGUGUCAUGAAGGACAACUGCAGGAACGCUUGGCGCAGUCCAAAAGCACCAGAGACAUUUACGCGAGGUUCAACAUCCUACUGGCUGCGAAAUGGCACCAGCUAAAACGGGAAGCCGCGAACACCUCAAACCUCCUAAUCCCCUGGGAGCUCCGCAUCAAGGAGAUAGAGUCCCACUUCGGCUCCGUGGUGGCUUCUUACUUCACGUUCCUGCGCUGGCUGUUCUGGGUCAAUCUGGUCAUUGGGUUCAUCUUACUGGUCUUCGUAAUAGUUCCCGAGUAUUUAACUGCCAACAAAAACGAAGAUGGCGAAAGGAAGAGGAUAACAGAUGAAGAGAAGAAGAACGCAACUAACCUGCUCACUCUGUGGGAGUUCGAAGGGUUUUUAAGAGUAUCGCCAAUCUUUUACGGAUACUACAGCAGCAUAGAACGUUCACAGUACAGAAUGCCUUUAGCAUACUUCCUCACUGGCGUAGUGGUGUACAUUUAUGCGUUCGUCGCCAUAUUGAGAAAAAUGGCCGAAAAUUCUAGAAUGUCCAAACUCUCGGAGAAAGAAGACGAGUGCAUAUUCUCAUGGAAACUAUUCACUGGUUGGGACUUCAUGAUAGGCAACACGGAGACCGCUCAGAACCGGACGGCGUCUGUCAUUCUUGGGUUUAAAGAGGCACUUCUAGAAGAAGCUGAGAAGAAGAAGGAUGUGAGAAACUGGCGCAUAAUCGCUCGCCGCGUCUUCGUCAACCUCGCCGUCCUCAUCCUCCUCGCCUUGUCCGUCUUCGCCGUUCUUGAGGUGGUCUCCAGCGACACGAAGAAAUCUGGCAGCUGGUGGCAUGACAACUCCACUACGAUCGUCGUCACCUUCGUGUCUCUGGUGUUCCCUGUGUUUUUCGAGCUCCUGGGCUAUAUGGAAAAGUAUCAUCCUAGGACGCAGCUUCGGUGGCAAUUGUUCAGGAUCAUGUUGUUAAAUCUACUCAACUUAUUCUCGCUUAUAUUUGGUUUAUUCUACAAAAUUCAAGGCAUGUCCAAAGACUUGGAGUAUUUGAAACCAAACACAACUAUGAACCCUAACAUAACCGCUGUUAACAGUACCUUUGAUGUAAACGAGAUAGUUUUUAUAACGGAAGAGGUUAAUUGUUCUGACGUUCAAGCUUGUCUGUCAUAUGACAUUUGCUUUAUGCCUAGCGCAGCUGCUAUGAUGGCAGUAGCCUCAACGAUAGCGCAUAAUAUUAGAAGAGAUAACAAUACACAUGCAAAAGCAGAUAAUAGACAAACAAAAAUCGACUUAAAUUAUAAUACAUUACAUAACAGUACAAGCGAAACUAGUACAGGAAGUAUUCUAACUGAAAACCUUAUACUUGAUGUAACAUCAAGUACGAGCCAAUGGGAUUUAAUAGUGUCUCUAUCAAAAAAUUCCAACGAAAGCGAAGAGAUUGUUUAUGAUGACGAUGAUUAUAAUAUUUACGAUGAUGCAACAACGGAAUCAUUUUUAAAAACGCAGAGCACAGAAGAAAUUAUACAUAUGCGAUCAACUACUGAAAUGGUACAAGAAAACACUGAUGAAAUAUCUACUUUACAUGCUACCGACGUAACAGAUAGUAAUUUUAAUUUCGAAAAUUCUGAUAUAGAUUGGAGUUUUAAAGAUAUUUUAGAGUGGGAUGAUAAAAACGGCGUGAGCACUACAUUACAAGAUGACGUAACGACAUAUGUGACAGACGGUACAGUUGACAUGUCAUCAUUUGAGACAACCGCUUCUAUCGAUGAAAACACAACUGACUUUAAAGAAAUGAGUGCGUCUACAACUCAUUCAGAAUCGGACUCUACCAAUAUUUAUACUAAUACUGACAUUAUUACCAUAAAUACUAACAUUCUUGACAAAAAUACUGAAAUUACUGACAAAGAACCGGAGACCGCUACAACAUAUUCCAGUGAUGAUAAGACAAUUGUAAUUACCACAGAAACAACUCCAAUAACAACAAAAACAGCUCAAAUGACUAUUGAAACAACACCAAUGACCUCUGAAACAAACACUGAGUUAACUUCCAGUAAAUCAACAGAAGCAGUGUCGUACUGUCCUUUUUAUAUGCUCAACUGUACAACAAUUUGCGGAGAAACUAACGUUACACAAGUCAUAAUAGUUUCCUACUGCCGAGUUGCUGCUACAAAAUGUUAUAUAACCAGACGUGUGUCGAUUAAUACUUUAAAUCAUAAAAAUGAAACUUUAAGAGGAAAUAUGACGAACUCUUCAGAAGUAGACAUAGUAUAUUUCAAAAACAAUUUGAAGAUGUACAACUUGACAACGGAAACGAGGUCAAAACUGACGAAACUGUGUUGGGAGACAAUGCUUGGUCAGGAAAUGGUGAAGCUUACUAUGAUGGAUUUGGUGUUCCUAUUGCUCGGCACCCUCUUCAUGGACUUCUUCCGCGCUCUCUUCGUCCGCUAUAUGAACCGUUGCUGGUGCUGGGAUCUCGAGAAAAGCUUCCCUGAAUACGGGGACUUUAAAAUAGCCGAGAACAUUCUCCAUUUAAUCAACAACCAGGGCCAAGUGUGGAUGGGCAUGUUCUUCUCGCCCGGCCUUGUCUUAUUAAACGUCUUCAAACUUAUGAUCAUGAUGUAUUUACGCUCUUGGGCGGUGAUGACGUGCAAUGUACCUCAUGAAGUGGUCUUCAGAGUUUCCAAAAGCAACAACUUCUAUUUAGGACUUUUGCUAACUAUGUUGUUUCUUUGCGUUCUGCCGGUUGGCUAUUCUAUAGUCUGGGUCAGACCGUCAUGGCAUUGUGGUCCUUUUUCUGAGUAUGGCAAGAUAUACGAGAUAGUUACAAAAAAUCUCGCCAAACUAUUGCCCCCUUCGCUGAAUUUUGCUGUAAAAUAUAUAGCAUCCCCAGCCAUAGUCAUUCCUUUGCUUGUUUUACUAAUACUUAUUAUUUAUUAUUUGAUAUCGUUGACAAAUUCACUGAGAGAAGCAAAUAAUGACUUGAAGAUCCAACUUCGCCGAGAGCGGACAGAAGAGAGACGGAAGAUGUUCCAAUUGGCCGACACUAGGCGAAAAGGGACGGCUAUGGACAACACGCCGUUCGCCAGGUGGAAGAAAGCGCUGCCUGGAUUCCCGCUCGGCAAAUCCAUCGACUCUGAUGACCGGAAGACGGUCACUGAAGAAGAUGGGAAAGCGCCGAUUAAACCGACGAAGAAGAAAGGUAAUAUCUUCGCCAAGAUCGUCGGACAAGCUGUUGAUAAGAAAUCAGAUCUCUCCGAAAUCGACAACGACCCAUCCAUCUCCCCUAACAACGACGACGAAACUGACACAGAUUUCCACGAAACCCUACCAAGAGAUGUACUGAAAGCUAAAGACAUAACUAUAGUAAAGAGUGAUAAGAAAAUUGUAGAAUUCAAAACGCAAGCGAGCGAUGAAAAUAAACUCAAAGUUAAAGUUGAAAAAGAAGAUCGUACAGAUAAAGCGGCCGUUGAGAAAAGAAACAAUGAAACUAAAUCACGAUUUGUUACGACUAAAGUCGACGAAGUCAAUGAAAAGACAAUCAAGAAAGAUGCAUUAGAAAGAAAACAGUCUGAAGUCUCAGUUAUUCCUGUUAUAACUAUAAGCACAACGGAAAGCGACGAGGACUUAAAACGAGAAAACAAAAAGAGUGGAGACUCAAAUAAAAAACAGGCAGAUUUAAGGUCGCUUAGAAGACAAAGCAGCGUCGAUAGUGUUAAAGAGAAGACUGAGAAAAAGAAACCGGAGGAUGGACAUAAAUAUCAAUAUUCACUAUAA